UCCACGCCGCGGAGAACGGCCCAUCCCGCGCGGUCAUGUAGCCUGAUGAGGCCUCCGGGCAGCCUGAGUGCACCUGACUGACCAGUGCACCUGACAAACCAGUGCACCAGACUGACCAGUGUACCCGCAGCCUCCUGAGCAACGCACCGGGACUUCGCACUCCGACCGCCAACGCAGCGACGAAAGCUCUCUGUGGAUAAACGUGCAGUAUGUCCUCCCGGCCCGCGUUGUGCCUGACGCUCUUGACGGCCUUGCUCGCGCUGCGGGUGUCCGCCAGCACCGCCAACGCCCCCGCCGGCCCUGUCGGCGCCGACCAGAUCAACACCUGCCCCGCCGAGUGCUUCUGCCUGUCCAAGAGCGAGGUGCUGUGCAACACGGGCGGGCUGACCAAGAUCCCGCUGGACGAGCUGCCCACGACCGUGAAGCAGCUGACGCUCCACAAGAACAGCUUCUCGCACAUCAAGACGGAGGCGUUCGCCGGGCUGCGGCUGCUGCGCAACCUGUCGCUGGACCACAACAACAUCACCGUCAUCAAGGCCUUCGCCUUCCGCGGCCUGCCGCGCCUCCGCGAGCUCUCCAUCCAGCACACGCCGCUGGCCGUCCUGUCCGCCUUCUCGUUCGCCGGGCUGCAGAACCUGGACGCCGUGCGCCUCAGCCACAACCGCAUCCACCGCGUGGAGGGCCAGGCCUUCGCCGGCACCACCAACGUCAACUGGCUGCUGCUGGACCGCAACCCGCUCAAGGUGGUGGCCUCCAAGGCCUUCUCGGGGCUGACCAACGUGAAGCACCUCAUCUUCCCGUCCGGCGUGUCGCGGCUGGAGGAGGACGCGUUCCAGGGCCUCGACCACGUCGGCCUGCUCCGCCUCGCCUACAUGGACCUCGUGUCCGUGGACCCAUUCACCUUCCGGGGCCUCCGCCACGUGCACGUGCUCACCAUCCAGGACUCGGACCUCGGCCUGGUGCGCGGCAAGGUGUUCGAGGGCAUGGCGCACGUGCUCAACCUCAUCCUCAAGAACAACAAGAUCGACGCCCUGGAGGAGUUCCACAUCGUGCCGGCCAACAAGGUGAUCAACCUCCGCUUCGAGGGCAACCACCUGCUGCAGAACCCGGCGCCGGGCGCCGUGCAGAUACACCUGGCGGGCAACCUGACGGUGACCAAGAACCACUUCCCGUGCGACUGCCGCCUGCACGCGGUGCUGUUCGGGCCGCUGGCCAACCACUCGGACUUCCGCGCGCACAACUACUGCAUCAAGCCGCUGCACGUCAACGCGCAGGCCAUGGCGGCCAUGAGCUCCAUGGACGCGGCGGCGCUGGCGCGCUGUCCGGAGCACAUUUGGUGUGAGGAGGAGAUGCCACAUGGGUUCUCGUCUUGCAUCACUUUUAAGAAUAAUUUCUUGAGAAGUUUUCUUGUUCACUUCCCUUGUACAUAUGAUGAGAACGUAGUCAAUUCACGAUACCACUAUAGUCUAUAA